AGGCAUAAUAAGCAUGCUCUAAGCUGUAAGAGGCCCACUUUCUCAGUUUCCAUUUUGGCUACAUUAUUAUACAAUUUCACACAUUUCGUUAGCAAUUGAAGGGCUAAAAACUUCAUCAAAUUACUGAAUCGUCCGUUCCAUUUUUUGGACCGUCGCGGGAAUCCAUGGGAAUAUUGAGCGCAGUAAGCUCAAACUUACGCAGAAAUCAGUUCUCUAGUUCACAACGAUGGAAAUCAAUAAGUAGAACAAUUUAUCUUCUACUGAAGCCAGUGGCUGCUCUGUUUAUUUGCCAAACUUUGGUCCUUAUUCGGCCUUUGAGCAGGAAUAUUGGUAGUUACCCGUUUCUCAUAAUCACCAUACAGACGCUGUUUUAUCCUAUUCAAGCCACAGUGGGUGGUCAAGUAGAAGUAAUAUACGAAUCUUUAUUAGGCACUGUUAUUGGUUUAGGUUGGGCUGUGGGUUCUAAGUUUUUGGCAGUGGUUGCGAAUCGUAACGGCUAUUCAGGUGCAGCCGUUUUGGCAAUUUUUCUUACCAUAGGGUCUUUCAUAUCAGGUUAUAUCCGUAGUCGAUAUGGGUUUCGAAGUAUGUGUAUUAUAUGGAUUUUCAUAGAUUGCUUUUUAAUGACCAUCGAUCCUCACGGAGAGAGUGUUCCUUCUUCCUUCUAUACAAGCCUUGUUUAUCCUUCUUUGAUAGCAGCAGGAGUGGUAUUUUUGGUUUCAAUAUUUAUUCCCCCAACCAGAAUGGCAUCGGAUUUAGUAGGAAAUUCAGCGCUAUCAUAUAUGGAUGAAUUGAUGAAUUGCUUGGAUGGGUGUCUUCAAGGAUUCUUUCCUUCAGGAGAUACUUCCUCCAUUUCUUACUCCUCGUCAGAAGAAUUUCGCCUUACUGUUUACCGUACUGUUCUUCGAGACCGUCUCAAUAAGUUUAGCACAGAUCUUCGAAAUUCUCAGUUUGAAUUGAAUUUUUCUUUUAUCCCUAUUGGUGUCCUUAAAGACCUAGAAGGUGUACUACAGCGUACAUCUCUUACUAUGUCUGCGAAUGUUGCUGCUUGUAUAUCCCUGUACAGAGCAUUCAACUUUAGUCGUUAUCAAAAUCAUACCGAAAAAAGGGUUUUUGAAUCGAGCUCCUAUUCUUUGAAGGAUGCUUUUGAUGGACUAGACUCCGAUUUGUUUACGCCGCAUUUUCGCUUACGAGGGAAUCCUACUCUUCAUUCGAACCUUCGACCGCAAUCAAGCAAAGAUAUUUUCAAAACAUACCUCGAUUAUUUUUCACAGAAUGUGAGCGAUAUUUCUAAACGUGUCAUGGCUUCUUUGCAAAUAUCCCGUAGUGUUUUGCUAUGGUUAAUUUCGGCGUCGAAGGAGGUUUCAGACGAACAAAUAUUGGAGCAUAUAUCGUCUUUAAGUGAAGAAAAUAUGAAGGAAAAUGAGACUAUUAGAAAUGCUAUUAAAAUGGCAUUUGAAUUUAGUAGAAAUAAUCGAACUUUUACUGGUCUGUACAGGUUCGCUGCUGAUGAAGAUGUAUUUACCAUUUCAUAUUACAUUUUCAACCUUUUUGAAGUUGCAAAAGAGACGAGGAAUCUAUUGAUUCAGUUACUGUAUCUGAAAAGAUUUCGCACAAAACGACGGAAGUUUUAUUUCCAUACGUUCAGCAUGCUUAAAGAAAGAGGAAGAAAUCACGAUGAGCUUCACGUUUUCUCUACUCCUUUUGUCUCUCAAGAUGCACCCGAUAGCGGGGAUCCUGUUGAAGAAUUAGUAGCUCGUGGAGAAGAACACAAUUGGGAGGAUACUAGUAAAGACACGGAAAUUCUGAAUUAUAGAGGAAGGAUUAAAAAAAGAUUGCAGGGAUUUCGUGCUCUAUUAUGGAAAGUGAGCCACUGGCUUAUACAGUCGAAAGACGUAAAGUAUGGUCUUAAAAUGGCUGCUGGAAUUAGUUUACUAAGUAUAGUAGCCUUUCAAAAAUCCACGGCUCAUGACUAUGGAAAAUGGGAUGGACAAUGGGCACUUAUCUCUACGUUGUUCGUGUUGGAAGUCACUGUUUCUGCUACAUUGCGUGUUGGAUUCUUUCGAGCUUUGGGAACUUUGUCUGGUGCAGUUUAUGCUUAUGUCGCAUGGGAAAUUAGUCGUGGUUGGAGUUAUGUUAUCGCUUCCCUUACUUUUUUGGUGUCUUGGGUAUCUUGUUAUAUCAUGUUUUGUACGAAAUAUUCUGGUGUUGCGACUGUUUUUAACAUUACGUUUCCGCCGAUUUUGUAUGGGGCUUAUUUGGGAAAUAAAAGCUCUACAUUCCAUUUGGCUGUAUUUCGGUUUCUGGAUGUGAUUGUUGGUAUUGGUAUGGCUAUUGUGGUAAAUAUCGUAGUUUUCCCAUAUCUUGCUCGGCGAGUUCUCAUCAAAGAAGUUGCAAAAGCUUGUAAAUUAAGUUUAAAACUAUACAACACAAUGUCGGAAUAUAUGCUGAGUUCGACUCAUCAUGCGAGCACAAAUUUGUGCGAUGAUAUGGAGAAUCAAAUUGUGUUUCAUUUGUCAAAAGCGACUGAUCUUUUAUUGCUUACAAAUAUGGAGUUUCGACUAAAAGGACCUUUUCCAAGCAAACUCUUUGGGCAAUUAAUUGACAAACUUAGUGUUAUGACUGGACGUUUGGUGAUUUUGAACAAGGUGAGAGCACGAUUUGGGCCUUAUCUUUAUCAAGAAGUUGUAGAGAAUGUCAUUCGGUAUCGAAAAAGUUUGAUUGCUUCGAUUUCGCUAACAAUGUAUAUUCUAUCUCACAGUAUAAUGGUAAAAUCACCGGUACCCUAUUUCUUACCGUCUUCGCGAAACGCUCAUUGGAAUUUGCGACAAGCUAUUAUGAAAGAUAUUCAAAUUAAAAGUGGCUACAAUAGUGAUAAUCCAGACGAAACAUACGUUUCUGAAGAAUCCAGCCCAACUGCGUUGUCAGCGGCUUUAUGGCUGCAUGGCAAUGAAGGGGUGUUGUAUUACUAUGCUGAGUGCCAAGUGAUUGAGGAAAUUGUCAAUGACUUGGAAGAUUUGUUAUUGCUGGUGAAGCGAAUUAACGGAGAAGAAAAGAAGCCCAGAGUCUGGAACGAAAAGUUGUAAAUGAAAAGGUGUGUUUAGUGAAGCCUUUUUUCUCUUUUUCGCCUUUUACUUUUCCCUUUGUUUUGGCUAAUUGGAAAGGUGGUAGUAUGUUUUGCUUUCGUUUUUGUUGGAUAUAUGUGUAGGUAAAAAUGUGUAUACAAAUAAAUGAAUGGAAUUUUCAUAAUUAGGAAACAUAUGGUCGUGUACUACGCUGCACAUCUUGUUAAAUCACCUCUUUCAGAGAAGCGACGAAUAGACCUAGUAAAGCAAUUUUA